AUGCCUUCUUCAUCAGGAGUUCUCCGUCCGACACGGCGAACUAGGAUUGUUUGCAUCAGCGACACCCACAACUCCACUAUCAAGCUGCCAAAAGGCGAUGUUUUGAUUCACGCGGGAGAUCUUACAAACCAGGGAAGCUACUCGGAGGUACGUAGGGCGGUCCAAUGGCUAGAGAAGGCCGAUUUCGAAGCCAAGAUUGUGAUUGCAGGAAACCACGACAUCACCUUGGAUCAUGACUUCUACGCGAAGCAUGGAUCAAACUUUCACAACAACAACCCUCAGGAUCCUGCCAGGUGCUUGUCACUACUUACUGGGAGCCGCACCAUCACGUACCUCCAGCACAGCAGCGCAACCGUCCGGCUCACCCGCCCGGACGGGCCUUGCACUGAAUUCAAGGUUUUUGGGUCUCCGUACUGCCCCGAAUAUGGAACGUGGGCAUUUAUGUACAAGUACCCUCGCCCAGGCCUGGGAGCAGAAGCUUCACGGUCCGACGACAGCCCAACGGCAGCCAACCCCAGCGCGGCGGAGCUCUGGGCUGCCAUACCGCCCGAUACUGAUAUCCUUGUUACUCACACUCCCGCCUACACGCACUGCGAUGACUCUUUCGGAUGUGAGAACCUGCGGGAAGCGCUCGCUAAAGUUCGGCCGCGAGUACAUGUUUGCGGCCAUGUCCAUCAAGGCAGGGGUGCUGAACGCGUGAGAUGGGAUACGGACGGCCUCAGCGUUCGGAACGAAGUUGCUGCCCAGGUAUCCGUCGAACGAUGGCAAGAUCCAGCCCCGGAUCCAAGCUCGGCCAAGAUAAGCCUGGUCGACCUGACCGGGCGUGGUGGGAAACGCCCCCUCGACUUCCAUGACCGGGCGUCACUCAACGGUGCGCAGGCUUUAUAUGGCACAUAUGACGUGCCGGACCCAGCGCAGGAGCUCUCGGGCAGCUCGCCCACCGACCUCGCUGGAAGGAAUGAUAAUACUUCUGCCCUAGAGCCAGAAGCGAGACCCGGAAGUACGAAUACAGCAGGCGCAUUGGACCGCGCGGGCCGACGGGAAACUUGCGUCAUCAACUGGUAUGUCAAAUCUGCAAUGUUUGUAUCCCUUUCGGGCUGUCUCGGGGGGCAUUGUGCUCCUGAGACAGGAACUUUUACUUCCAAAGCGCCUCCCACGACACAUUGA